UGGCGCAGCCGGUCGGGCGUUAAGAGCCUUGCUUGACGGUUCUCCUCCGUCCGGGGCGCUUGCGCCCUCGGGACGUCCUUAAACCGUGAGGGAACCCGGGGCCGUUCCGCAGCCGGGCCGGGGAGGCCGGGCUCCUUCAGCGCCCGAGAAGCUGCCGCCCGCUGCCGGAGCCCCCACACGCCUUCCCGCCUCCGGCGAAGGCCGGCGCGAGCCCCGCCCCCUCAGGCGGCGGCGCGUGGGAUUCGAACGGCCGUGCCGGGCGGGCGGGCAGGACAGAACAUGGCGGCGGCGGCGGCCUUGCGGCGCCAGUGCCCGCUCCUGCUGCCGCAGAACCGGGAGGGGACGGCCUACGAGGGCUUCGUCACCGCGCAGGGUAGAGACUUCCAUAUCAGGAUACUGUUACCAAUGGAUUUUCAACUGAAAAAUGCAAGGAUAGAGUGUAGCUGGCACCUGAAGAAGAUCCUGCAUGGACAUCUGCAUAUUUUAAAGCAGAGGUUGCACAGCUGUCCAGAUCUUGUCAGUUUUAUGGUGGAGCUGAAAACUGUUUUGGAAAUUGCUUUAAAGAAUACACAAGACCUGCAUAUACCAUGGCCGCCAGAAUACUACUCCUGUCUUGUCAGAGAUCUAGAAAUACUGGGUUGGAAUAAAGUCGCGUAUGUGGAUACUGGCCUUGCCACAAUCAAGCUAAAAGCUGAAGACUCUUGCGGUCGACAGCAUCUCAUCACUCUGAAGUUUAAUGCAAAGUAUCCAACAGAACCACCGGAUUGCCUUGUGGAUUUUCCUGUUCAGUUUGCUGUUUCUUGGAUGCCACAGGACUCCUUAAUAGACAUUUAUAAUCAGUUCCUGGCAGCAUUAGAAUCGCUGAAAGAAUUCUGGAAUGCCAUGGAUGAAAUUGAUGGGAAGACUUGGGUGCUUGAGCCAGAAAAUCCCACACGAAGUGCUACAACAAGAAGAAUUGCAAUAGGGAACAACGUCUCGGUGAACGUGGAGGUCGACCCUCGGCAUCCAAACAUGCUCCCCGAGUGUUAUUUUCUCGGAGCAGAUCAUGUGGUUAACCCUUUGAGAAUUAAGCUGAACAACAAUUUGCACUUAUGGGAUCCAGAAAUCAGUUUAUUGCAAAACUUGAAAGACCUCUUGGAAAUGGAUUUUCCAUCUCGUGCUGUGUUAGAAAAAAGCGAUUUUACUAAGGACUGUGGAAUCUGCUAUGCCUACCGCCUUGCCGGCACUACUCCCGAUCAAGUGUGUGAUGAUCCCCGCUGCGGACAGCCCUUUCACCAGGCCUGCCUGUACGAGUGGCUACAAGGUCUUCCUUCUAGCAGACAGAGUUUUAAUGUCAUCUUUGGUGAAUGUCCGUAUUGUAAUAAGCCACUGACACUGAAAUCUUCAAUGAAGAAGCCUUGAGAAAAAACUGCGCGCUGGGAACACCGCUGCACUUGCAUUGAAGACACUGAAACAGUGACAUCAAAGAAAAUACAA